CGUCAUGUGCUGUCAUCAACCACCAAAGCCUAACAACCUUCAAGUCCAUACAGUUUGAUUUAAAUACGCAAGUAAAAUGAAUGGAAAGCAAUGACUGCUGAAACGGUGGGGGAAACACAAUCUAACACCUCUGCAUGCUUUGAAGAGUGGUUAAAGUCAUUUAAAGUUUACUUGAUUUGUCUUUAAGGCAAAGACAAGCUGACUGUAAGGUGAGACAGCUUCAUUCCACAGUAAUGGUUAAACAUGUAUAUGAAGUGAAUUGCACUGUUUGUUUUAAGGUACUCAAAGUGUUAUCUGAAUGGAUCCUUCCAGACUGCUCCAUAUUUUCUGUGACCACACAGAAAGCUCUGGUUUAAUCCUAUUACACGUUGAGCACAAAGGGAGAUAAGAGGUUUAUGUCUGAAUCUCUCUCUCCCUCGAGACACCAGGAGAGCUACACAUUUGGUCAUUUUGAUACUGUAUAGUUGCUGCAGCGUCUGUUGUGGCGCACUGAAAAUAAAGACAUAUUGUUAAUAGGAUUGCCAGUGAGGGCCGAGGAGACACUGAUGAUGAAUGAAGAUCAGAGAGAUACUCCAGAAGGCGAUUUAAAGCCAGAGGACUACCAGCAGUUCAAGAGUUUGGGAUCCACCUGUCUCACUGAGUGUGACAGCGCACAACUACUGAAAUUCCUUCAGGAUGAAAAGAACCAGGGCAUUGUGAAGUCUAUGGGUUGUGUUCUCAUGGCACCUCUUGUGAAUGAAGUUGUUAGAAAGAGAAAGGGUCUCGAUCACUGCCAGGCUGCCAUCACAUAUCUGACCAAGACGUGCAGCCCAGAUGAACUCCUGCAUAGCUUGCUGGAACUAAUUGAAAACAUUGACCCAGGAGCCAUUUCUGAGACCAUCUUAGCCCUUGUUCCACAUCUUCAAACAGUGCUGCUCCGGCUGGAGGACAGAAAGUCAACCUAUCUGGGCUUGGCUCUGUCCGCCCUGCAGAAGCAGCUGUCCCGGCUGCCUGUACCUUACAGUCAGCAGCAGGAGGAGGAUGAUGAGCACGGUCUGUGUCGCUGCUGCAACGCCAUGGCUGCAUUCACAAAGCCAUUCGUAGAGGAGGUGAAGAGGAAAAAUGGAAACUACAUGACCAGUUCUGAGGAUGAGGAGCUGAGGACUGUGCUCCUCAAGUUCUGCAUGAGGAGCUUGAGAGAUCCUUUGCUCGAGGCUGAACUGAACAGAGACAGAAGAUCCUCACUGUGGCUCUUUGCAACAGAGAUAAUGGUCACGCUACCGGCAAUCCAAGAGUCCCUCUCAGAGCUCCUGUUCUUCAACUCUCUGAAGAAACAGACCGACAACAGUCAGUCCAAGGAGUCGAGAGCUUGUCUGGCCUAUCUACUGUUUGUCCAGCUCAUCACCAUAGACAGCUUUCCAGCAGUAUUCAGUCCUGUAUUUGUUCUUCAGUGCAACAUGGAACACAUCAAUCAACUACUCAGUAGCAAAAAGGAAUCACACUUGCUCAAAGGACUGGCACUGUAUGCAAAAAGCUUGGAGAGUGUGCAGGACAACAGCCUUCCAGUGAGUCUACUGGAACUGAAGAGCUUCUACAGUGUGCCACGGAACCUGCGGCACCUUCUUACCGACUGCCCAAUGCAACAUUUGAGAGAAUCAGGACUGCAGCUUUUCCAGCUCUUCAUCAAUAAAUUAGAUGCUGAAGCAAAGCACAAGUUCUUCAGGUGCAUGUUAAAAACCAGCAACCAUGCAGGAGUAGAGAGUUAUAUAGUGAAGAACAUCAGGAAUCAAGUAGAUUUUUCUAUGCAGCCGGGUAAUGCCAAUAAAUGGUUCCUUGGAGAGGAGUUUCUCUCCUUGUUGGGACUGGUGUUAUGUUUGCCACAAGGUGCAGAGACGGAUUUGCUUAACACUAUGGACAGGAUAAUGGAGAGUCUGAAUCUUCUACGCUAUCUCCUUCUCAGAGACAAAGAACUGAGGAGCACCACAGAUGUGUGGGAAGAGCUGUGCAGGAUCAAAGACGAAUACCUUAAAAUGCUGCGCGUGUGUAUCGGCAUAUCAAGAGUGCAUUACUCUGCUGAACUGAAAGCACUGAGGGAGGAUCAAAAGCUAAAAGCAAAAGAAGCCAGAGAUGCAGCUAGAUCCACCAGAUUAGUCAAAAGCAUAACGGUGAAACAUGAGUCCAAUAUGUCCCCAGAGGUCCAGCACCAGGUGUUGCAGAGUGCUUUGGUGACAUUUGACCUGAUGGAGAGUCUUAUCGUCCGUAUUAAGGAGAUCACAGAGGAAAAGCUGAGAAUCCCAAACUAAACGGUGUGCUCAAGUUUCACCUCGGACCACCGAGUUAUUUUUCUAAACAGUGUUUUAUUUUAUUUGCUCUGUUUUACUGAUAAAAAACAUUGCAUUUAAUAAAUAAAGUGUGAUUUUUUUUCUAUGGCAAAGUUGUUGUCAAAAAUUAAACAAACAUAUGUGCAUAUAUUAUUGCUUUUUGUAUUCAACAAGUAAGGCUUGUACUGGUUUUCAUCAAAUAAAAGCAACAGAGGUGUUUGUGAAAA